GCAUUGCACUGCAGCCAAAAGCUUCAGUGGCGCUCUCUGCCUAUCACCCUAUCAAUCGGAGGGAGAAUUAGACUGAUUAGACACUCUUAUUGGCAGAGCUCUUGUACCUUUCACAUCACUACCUCGUCUCCCUAGAACAGCUGGAAAGCUUUGUCUCCUUAGCAGCAGCAGCAGCAAUCCUAAAGGGAGUUUAGGAUUCCUGCUUAUGCAUUAAUUCUCUCUUGUCUGUAAAACGUUAAGCCUACUCGCAGCAGCAGUGGAUUCAGUCUUGUCCUGAAGACUCAGCGCUUAUUGUCAGGAGGCUACAAGGAAUCAGUGGUGCAGAGAAGCAGCACCAUACAGGAUAGUACAAUAAAGUGCAUGUGUGUGCCAAGACUUGACAUCUUAACAGGAAAGACGCAUCACCUGAAGUGUUAGUGUCGACCGCAGGAGUGAAAUUCAUCAGCGUCCUGAAAAGACUGUGUUUGCUGCCUCUGGCUCAGAGGAUUUUGACCUUCGCUCACACACAAAGCACUUCAAUCCUUUCAGGACGACGUGCUGGGUCCUUCUGCCCUUGUCUGGGGUUGUUGAAUGCCCCACCUGAGCAGUGGCUCUCUGAGACCCCAACAGGGAACCAUGGAGAACAACACACUGACCUGCAAUCCUGCAACCUUCUCCCAGGUGUUUGGGCGCCAGGGCCAGCUCAUGCAGGCAGCUGUGCAGUCACUGAACACCCUGAAUGACCAGAUCGCUCACUUUAUGGUAAACAGGCCCAAGGCCUUGGAUGAUGAUGAUGACACCUUCCUGCCCAGCGAGAAGGAAACUCUGAAGAAAUCCAUGACCUUAAUGAGACAACUGCUAAUGGAUGCACAGGCAAAAAUCCUUAAAAUGAUGGAUGACAACAAACAGCUGGCUCUGAGGAUCGAUGGGGCAAUCCAGUCUGCCAGUCAGGAGGUGACGAACCUACGAUCUGAACUGACAGCUACCAGCAGGAGACUGGCUGAAAUAAGCGCCUCUGAGCCCUCCACUAUCAUGGAGAACAAUCAACACAACACGCAAGAUCCUUCUAUCCACCAAAGGCAAAAGGCAGUGACUGACAUUUGCUUAAAAACUGACAUAACCAGCCUGAUGGACUUUAGUACCCCGGAUUCAUCGCUCGACAAAGUGAUGUUGCGGGAGGAGGUGGUGCAGCUCCAGGAGGAAAUCCAGCUGCUCCGCCAGAUGAAGGAGAUGCUGACCAAGGACCUGGAGGAGUCUCAAGGGGGCAAGUCUGCCGAGGUGCUCUCUGCCACCGAGCUCAAGGUGCAGCUGGCACAGAAAGAGCAGGAGCUGGCACGAGCCAAGGAGGCCUUACAAGCCAUGAAGGCAGACAGGAAGCGCUUGAAAGCGGAGAAAGCGGACUUGGUGAACCAGAUGCAGCAGCUGUACGCCACUCUGGAGAGCCGUGAGGAGCAGCUGCGGGACUUUAUACGCAACUACGAGCAGCACAGAAAAGAGAGUGAAGAUGCAGUGAAAGCCCUGGCAAAAGAGAAGGAUCUGCUGGAGCGAGAGAAGUGGGACCUCCGGCGGCAAGCCAAAGAGGCGACGGAGCACGCCAGCACCCUACGCACGCAGCUGGACCUGAAAGAGAACAGGAUCAAGGAGCUGGAGGCUGAGCUUGCCAUGAUGAUUAACUGUGUGGCUCAGAAAAAGGAGUAUCGUGUGUUUGAUCGCUCCGCAGAGAAGGAGCCCCCCUCGAGGGUGAUGGCGGCGAAGCAGUCUCUAGCCACGCUGACCAAGGAUGUUCCCAAGAGGCACUCGCUGGCCAUGCCCACCGAGACAUUGCUGAACGGCAACCAGGAGUGGGUGAUGCAGGCCGACCUGCCCCUGACCGCAGCCAUCCGCCAGAGCCAGCAGAGCCUGUAUCACGGGCACCAGCCACACCCUGCAGCGGACAGGCCAGCAGUGAGAGUGAGCCCCUGCCACUCGCGCCAGCCCUCCAGCAUCUCAGACGCCUCUGCCAUCGAGGGAGACCGCUCGUCCACGCCCAGUGACAUCAACUCGCCCCGUCAUCGGACACACUCCCUGUGCAACUCACUGGAGGAUCUGGAAGACCAGAAGCGCAAGAAGAAGAAGGAGAAGAUGGGUCUAGGCUCCUUGUCACGGGUCUUUGCCAGGGGGAAGCAGCGCAAGUCCAUGGAUCCAGGCCUGUUUGAUGAUUCAGACAGCCUCUCCAGCCCCACCAAUCUGAGUCUCACCCUAUCAAAUGGUGAGGUUCAGAUGGACCGCCUCCAACAGGUGGAGCUUGCUCGAACCACGCCCAUGUCUCACUGGAAAGCGGGGACUGUGCAAGCCUGGCUGGAGGUCAUCAUGGCCAUGCCUAUGUAUAUCAAAGCCUGCACAGACAACAUCAAGAGUGGCAAGGUGCUGCUGGGUUUGACAGAUGAAGACCUGGAGCUGGGGCUGGGUGUUACAAGCUCAAUGCACAGGAGGAAGCUGCGACUAGCCAUUGAAGAUUACCGGGAAGCGGAGACAGGCAAGGGGCUCUCGAAAGCAGCUGAUAUGGAUCAUCACUGGGUGGCCAAGGCCUGGCUGAGUGACAUCGGGCUGCCCCAGUACUCCCAGGCCUUUCAGAACCACCUAGUGGACGGGCGCAUGCUGAGCUCGCUGAGCCGCCGAGACCUGGAGAAGUACCUGAGCGUGUCCAAGAAAACACACCAGGUCAGCGUAAUGCUGGCGAUCGAGCUGCUGCACCUGCUCAGUUUCAACAAGGAGGUCCUGCAGGAAAGGAGAUUGCACUGUGAGAAUCAAAACACUGACCCCAUUGUGUGGACGAACCAACGAGUGAUGAAGUGGAUCAGAGACAUCGACCUCAAGGAGUAUGUUGACAGUCUGCAGAACAGUGGAGUCCACGGAGCAGUUUUGGUGCUGGAGCCUGCCUUCCACACAGAGGUCAUGGCAAACACCCUGGGCAUCCCCAGCAGCAAGCACAUCGUCCGCAGACACCUCAUGGAGGAGAUGAGGGCCCUGAUCAGCUCCGCCAGAGUGGGUUUACAGCAGGGUUAUGAGAGGUCCACCCCCUCCGUCAUACUGCAGGGCUCACUGGGGCGCCUGUCCAGCUCCAUGUGCAGGCAGAGUGCAGACAAGCACAGCCUGAAGGGCAGGGCAGGCAAGCCCCCUCUGUCCAAAGCAUUCAGUGGGAAGGAGCUUGAUGGACGAUACAACUCCUUCCCGAGAAAGGGCCGUGGAGAGGGAAGGCCGCACAAGCCUGAAGGGAGCCCCAAGCACAGCUUCAGAGAGACAGAAGUCACCAAUGUGUAAAACACCACUUGAGGAGAAAACUGAACCACUGUGUGUCAGGACCCAGGAAGGAGAGGGGUUACAGUCUCUACAAAUGAGUUCCACAGGCUGAUGUCGUUUACAGGUCCACAAGCCUACGUUAACUGGAUGUUCUGUCACCUUGGAAACCUGCAGAAUCCCAGGCUAGCGCUGUCUGAAUAUUUAAAGAAGUGGCUUAGAAAUGGAGAGCUUUUACUGCACUUUUAUGACACUGUAACUUUACUGCCCCCUGACAAAAAUUUUAAAAAUACUUUCCUUCACACUGCUAAACUGUGGAAUUAGUGUUUAAAUUUAGUUAGCAACAGGGCGACAGCAGAGGUCAUUGAUAUGGGAAAUGUAUCAUAAAGCACUAGGACCUCUCUAAAGUUAAUAAGACACUUACAGUAUCUCUGUUUAAAACAGUGCCAUUCAGUGCCACACGUAUUAAUUUGCUCAAGUACUAUUCCCUCACCUUCCUGUAUAGGGAAUAAAGACACAAUGUUUAAGUGCAUCUUCCAAUAAUAUUGCACGAUCGAUCACUAUAAUGUACUGUCUUUACAUUGAAAAAGUGAGGGGUGUGUGGAAUGUAGGUUAUUUCUUGUAAGUAAUUCUCCAGCAAGAGUUUUUAUUAGUAAUACUAUUAUAAACAGUAGUACUGUAAGAGUUUAUUUGUAAUUUUUAGAUUCAGCAAAAAGCAACCAAAAUGUAUUGUAAGUCUUCUAUGAUACUGUUACAAUGUCCUCAGACAUUGCUAGACUUUUAGCAUUAUUGUUAAAGAAGGGAGUAUUCUCAAUUUAUUUCACCAGAGGGGUUUUUUUUUAAAUUUCUUUUAUUACAUGUAUUCUCAGAAGGAGAUACAGCCCUGAAAACAAAACACAUCAUUGUCCAGAUUACCCAAUAACCUAAAAAUAUAACUGGACUCGUUGCUUCUACCUGUGCUCAUGUUCAUUCAUAACCCAUCAGCCCGUUGCCACCAUAACUUGUACCCAAACAAAAUGGGAGGGGGGGCAGCACAAUUGCCCAUUAAUAGACCAAUGUCCCCUCUGCAGCAGAACUACUAACUUGAACUGCCUCAUUUUCUUUUCUAAUUGCCAUUGUUCCUAUCUUCAGUGUAUAAAACCAUAACGUUAUUUGGUUGAAGAGCCUCAAGCACAUCAGACAACAAACACUAUCGUCAGAAUCUAGUAUCAUGAAACUUGUGUUUACAGCAGUCAGUGGAGGUCAGUCUGUGCAUCAGAUGAGGACGUGUGUGUUGGCUCCAGAAGUGCUAAUAUUGAUUUCUUAUGUUUUUGUCUGUAUCAGUUUUCACCUGGCUCAGAACUUGCUUUGAGCUUGUCUGGGUAACUGCCUAGCACUGAUCUGAUAUGCACAUUCAAAUCAUGUGACAAUGUGACCUUUCCACUCUGCUGACCCAAGCUGCAUGUAUAGAGAGGGGGCGUGAGGAAGUCGGUUCUGUCCGGGGCCAUUAGAAAUUUUAAGACAAACUCAGAAACAGGAAAACAGAUUUAUAAAAAAUGACAACAACUCAUUAUUGGAUUACCAGAACCCAGAAAAAGUAAACAAAAAAAAACCCCAGUAAAUAUUACGUAUUAUGUAUUCCCACCACUUCAUAGAUCUCACAUUUUCCAUAAUAAGACACACGUUAUGGCAAAAGUGUAUUAGAUUUUUCAUUGGUUUCUGUUUCGCUAAUAAUUUACUGGCCACUCCUUACAGAUAUAUCACGGCUGCACUUUGUGUGUCCCUGCAUUCCACUUCUAGAGACCCCAUAAAGAAUAAACACAGGAGCCACUGACAGUCCUUGCUUGAGUAGAGAGGAUUUACUGCUGGGACCUCUUUGCACAGACAUGCAGUAAUGAAGUCCUCCUUCUUCUUAUUUUAUUUUACCUUUAUUUUACCAGGAAGCCACUUCUGAUGCAUAAUUAACACCUAGCCAAGAAUAAACACUAAGAAGGAAUUUAGUUCAUUAAUAGAUUAAAAAAUUUUUUAAAAAACUGCAUUUCCACCAAACCUUUACCAAGGGGGCAAUCUCUACACAUGAGGAUAAUCAGCAGGACAGGCACAGUAUUCUGAGUUGUCUCCAGUAUUGCUGUAUACAGGUGUUACAGUGUUACAAUGCAAGUUUAAUAUUUAAAUGUAUAGUUUACAGUAAGUACAACUAAUAUUACUAAAAUACAAUAUGAAGUAGGAUGCAAAAGUUGGGAUUAAAAGUUAUAUCUACAAUGACAUAUUAGUAGUGCAAUAGUGCAAGGAUAGUGUAUUAGCUGAGGAUCCACAGGUCAGGCAAGUCCAGUGCAGAGUAGGAGGGCUACAUCAAGACGUGCUAAAAACUACCAGCCAUCUCGUUGUAAAGCCCAUUAAAAACAUGGGUGCAUCAUGUGACUCAUUUGUACGUUUGCUUUGGUAAAUAACAAAACUGACACUGAAAUACAGUGGCUUGCGAAAGUGUUGACCUCCCUUGGCAUUUUUCCUAUUUUGCUGCCUUACAA